AUGUGCAGAACGCCCCGGGUCAUACUCGACACGAACGACAUCGUGCGGGCCAGGCUCUGUACGCAUGAAGUCUACUAAUCGAAUACGCUGUUUAUGCCCUCCUCCGCGAGAACGAAUAGUGAUGUGACCAUGAUUGUUUCGACCACCUGUCCUGCGGAGAGCUACAGUGAGUUGUCGGAGUGGUCGGCCAGGAUAUAAAUGGAGGUUAAGAGGUCGUUUAAGGUGUCGAAUACCAGGUGUUAUGGGCUUGUAUGUUUUGAAAAGUGUUUCAGUCCUAGAGAGUGCGGCUGUCACCUCAUUAGGACGUUGAGUGGAUGCCUCGGUCGCGUAUUUUCGUGUUACAGCACAUGGGCGGAUGAUGUUCGACGUAGAAGAUACAGCAGAAGUUGCGGCGACAGAAGAAAACCGUGAACGAAGCAGGUUAGCCCCGCAUCGUCCAGCGAACAUGGGAGCAAGUCGAGGGAGGCGUUUGUGCUGUCGCUUCCUUGCUCAAAGUUGUCUGUGAGUGCAUGAGCGCCUGUUUGUUCCAAGACGCGUUUCUCUUAACCACUCCAAGUCGCAGUCAUGGCUACACAAAUAUCCACAGGAACCUCUGAACUGCGCGAUAUCACAAAAAUGGAACGGAUAGGGGCGCAUUCACAUAUCCGUGGUCUUGGCUUGGAUGACAGACUUGAGCCUCGCGCAAAUGCUCAGGGUAUGGUUGGACAGGGCAAGGCACGUAAAGCCGCAGGCAUGAUUCUGAAAAUGGUACAGGAGGGACGUAUCGCAGGUCGUGCCAUGCUCUUUGCAGGACCUCCCUCUACUGGAAAGACAGCCAUUGCAUUAGGUAUGGCACAAACGCUUGGUCCUGACGUUCCUUUCACUAUGAUUGCCGCGAGCGAGGUCUUCUCCCUGUCGAUGUCCAAAACGGAAGCCCUUACUCAGGCAUUCAGGAGGAGUAUCGGUGUUCGCAUUAAAGAGGAGACAGAGCUCAUUGAGGGUGAAGUAGUCGAGUUGCAAAUUGACCGAAGUCUCACAGGUGCCACAAAAACUGGCAAACUCACUAUCAAAACGACCGACAUGGAAACUAUCUAUGACUUGGGCACUAAGAUGAUCGACGCGUUGGCGAAGGAAAAAGUCACCGCGGGAGACGUGAUUUCCAUUGACAAGACCUCUGGCAAGGUGUCCAAGCUUGGUCGAUCGUUCGCUCGGUCGAGGGAUUACGAUGCAAUGGGUGCAGACACAAAAUUCGUGCAAUGUCCUGAAGGAGAAAUUCAGAAGCGCAAAGAGGUUGUUCACACAGUGUCAUUGCAUGAGAUCGAUGUCAUCAACAGUAGGACACAGGGGUUCCUGGCUCUCUUCGCAGGUGACACUGGUGAAAUAAAGCCCGAGCUAAGGAAUCAGAUCAACACUAAAGUGGCUGAAUGGCGAGAGGAAGGGAAAGCAGAAAUAAUUCCAGGCGUGCUCUUCAUCGACGAAGUACACAUGCUGGACAUUGAAUGUUUCUCCUUCCUGAAUCGUGCAUUGGAAAAUGAACUUGCGCCAUUGGUCAUCAUGGCAUCCAAUCGUGGCAUGGCCAGGAUACGAGGAACGAAGUUCCGCAGCCCGCAUGGUUUGCCGGUAGAUUUGCUUGACCGAGUACUCAUUGUCAGCACGAAGCCCUAUACGGAAGACGAUGUCCAGGAAAUCAUCAAAAUCCGAUGCGAGGAAGAAGAUGUCACUCUUACUGCUGCAGCGCUCCAAGUGCUGACCUCAAUGGGGAUGCAAACGACUCUUCGUUACGCACUCAAUCUUAUUUCUACUGCGCAGACACUGGCUCGCAAGCGCAAGUCAGAGCAGGUAGACGUCGAAGACCUGCGCAGAGCGUAUGCGUACUUCAUGGAUGAGAAGCGCAGUGUGCAAUGGCUAAAAGAACAACAAGGGACUUUAGUGUUCGAGGAAAUCGGUGGAGAAGCUGAAGAUGUUAUGGACGUGAACUGAGAGUCUUACGGCUGGCGGAGACCGGCUCUCUAUGUAUUGUAGUUUGGUGCGUUUGCCUUUUGAAUUGGUGGGAGACACACUCUUAUCUGAUUCCCGACGUCGACUCUUGGCAGCAUUCAUCUAUAUUCUGUGUAUUUCUUGUGCGAGUCAAUAUGGAAUGCUAUUACAUGAAUAGCAAGUCCAAGAUUAGAAGA